UCUUCCAUACAAACUCCAUCUCAAGGUAACAUUGCCGCCGGCCGCCACACAAAAAUGAAAACCAGUCUCCUCCUCCUCCUCGCCGGUGCCGCUGCCCUUUACGUCGUUGCCACGCCCGCUGCAGCGGUCGGCGGCGAAUGGCAAUCGAUCCCGAACGUCGCCGACCCUCACGUCCAAGGGCUCGGCAAGUGUGCGGUGGACGAGCAAAACAAGGUGUCAAACUGCGAUCUCAGGUUCGUCAAGGUUGUGAGCGGUAAGGUGCAAGACGGCACUACAUACCAGCUGGACGUCGACGUGCUGAAUAUCGAAGGCUCGCACAGAAUAUUCAAGGUGGAGGUGGUCGAGCUGAACUCGUCGGGCAGUUCCACCACAUGCAAGAUCGUCUCCUUCGGCUCAGGCUGUUGAGCGAUCGACGGUUGCUCUAGCAAUUCAAGAGAUCGCCGAGGUUUCUUGUUUUUUGAGAUUGAGAUGGUCGAGGUUAAAUGCGCGACUGUUGUGUGAUGUAUGCAUGCGCAAUCCUUUUCCAGCCAACAAUAAUAAAGAAUUACAUUCC